GGGGGAAGCGCCCACGCGUCUAGGGGUGACUCGCUCUUUCGCAAACCGUCUGGGAGGAGCCCCCGGGGCCACAAAACCGUCUCCUUCCCGAGGCCAGACUGAGAGGUGCAGAGAGGCCUCGGAUAGGAGCCGCUGCCAGAGAUGGGCCGCCUGCUGCUGCUGCCGCUGCUGCUGCUGUGGGUUCAGACCUGCAUUCCAGCCUCCUGGGGCCUGCGGUGCAUGCGCUGUGAGAAGAUCGGGAAUUGCCAGGUGGAAGAGUGUGCCCUCGGCCAGGGCCUCUGCAGGACCACGGUCGUACACAUAUGGGAAGGAGGUGAAGAGCUGGAGGUGGUGGAGAGAGGCUGUACGCACCCAGAGAAGACCAACAGGACCAUGAGCUAUCGAAUAGGCAUGCAGAUCAUCACCCUCACAGAGACCGUGUGUGGGUCAGACUUGUGCAACCGGCCCAUCCGUGGCCAGCCUCGACCCUUUCCCCGAAGCCGUUUCCUCGAAUGCACUUCCUGCGCCUCAUCAGACCUGAGCUGUGAGAGAGGCUGGGAGCAGAGCCUGCAAUGCCGCAACCCUGGAGAACGGUGCAUGGAAGUGGUCACGCACCGGAACCUGGAAGUAAGUCCAAGGGAUGAGCGCUACAUUCGUGGCUGCGGCAACCUUCCUGGCUGCCCAGGCCCCACCGGCUUCCACAACAACGACACUUUCCACUUCCUGCGGUGCUGCAACACCACCAAAUGCAAUGGGGGCCCAGUCCUGGAGCUUCAAAACCUGCCACUCAAUGGCCUCCAGUGUUACAGCUGUGAGGGGAACAGCACGUAUGGAUGUUCCUUUGAAGAGACUUCCCUCAUCGCCUGCCGAGGCCCCAUGAAUCAAUGUCUGGAAGCCACAGGCACUAAAGACCUGGGGAACACAACCUACACAGUACGAGGCUGUGCAACCCCCUCAUGGUGCCAAGGCCUCCACGUGGCUGAGGCCUUCGGCCUGACCCAUCUCAACAUCUCAUGCCUUACUGGAAAUGGCUCUAACUACAUGUUGGAGGAUGUCCAGCCCCGCAUGGGGGGCGCCCCCCGGCCUAGCCCUGCCCACCUCAGCCUCACCGUCAUCCUGCUUACAACUGCCAGACUUUGGGGAGGCACUCUCCUCUGGACCUGAACCCCACACUCCCCCUGCCCUGGCUGGAUCCAGGGGCCCCGUAUGCCCUUUCCUCAGCUCCUAGCCCUGCAGACUUGCUGUGUGACCUCAGGCCAGUGUG